CCCGCCAUUGUGCGAAGUGGAGGUUGGGGGCCCGCGCGCCGCGCCUGCCGGUCGCCAGUAGUUGGUCGGCGGCGCCCUCCUCAGCCGCCGCUCCCUGACGCGUGGGGAGGUCGGGCGGCCAGCGCGCCGAGGCUCGUCCUGCGUGGGAGGGUGCGGCGGGGAGCGGCCGAAGCCGGGAGAAGGGGCGCCGGCCGCCCGGACGCGUUCGCCCGCGGAUCUGCCACCUCCGGGGCAGCGCCGGCUCGUCGGCGAGAUGCCCUGCGGGGAGGACUGGCUCAGCCACCCGCUCGGGAUCGUGCAGGGCUUCUUUGCCCAAAAUGGAGUGAAUCCUGACUGGGAGAAGAAAGUAAUUGAAUAUUUUAAGGAAAAGCUGAAGGAAAAUAAUGCUCCUAAAUGGGUACCAUCAUUGAAUGAAGUUCCCCUUCAUUAUUUGAAACCUAACAGUUUUGUGAAAUUCCGUUGCAUGAUACAGGAUAUGUUUGACCCUGAGUUUUAUAUGGGCAUUUAUGAAACGGUUAACCGAAAUACAAAAGCACGUGUUCUCCAUUUUGGAAAAUACAGAGAUGUAGCAGAGUGUGGGCCUCAACAAGAAGUUGAUUUAAACUCUCCACGAACUACCACUUUGGAAAGACAGACUUUCUAUUGUGUGCCUGUGCCUGGGGAGUCCACGUGGGUGAAAGAAGCCUAUGUUAACGCAAACCAAGUGCGCGUCAGCCCCUCCACAUCCUAUACUCCCAGUCGUCACAAGAGGAGUUAUGAAGAUGACGAAGAGAUGGACCUGCGACCCAACAAACAGAAAGAACAGCAUGCAGGGGCCAGACAAGCAGGUAGGGGUGUUGGUCUUCAGUGGUGUGGAGAGACAAAACGCUUAGAAACCGAAGCUUCCACUGGACAACAGCUGAACUUCCUCCACCUGUCUUCUCCUUUUGAUCUGAAUUUCCCCCUGCCAGGAGAGACAGGCCCCGCAUGCCUCGUGAAGGUGUAUGAGGACUGGGACUGCUUCAAAGUCAAUGACGUUGUGGAGCUGUACGGCGUUCUGUCCGUGGAGCCGGUGCUGAGUGUGCCGAGUCAUGAUGAGAGGGAGACCUCGUCACUCCUGGACCCGAUGGAAUGCACGGACACCUCAGAGGAGCAGCGAGUCCACAGCCCUCCUGCCUCCUUAGUGCCAAGAAUUCACGUGGUUUUAGCCCAGAAGCUGCAGCACAUCAACCCCUUAUUGCCUGCUUGCCUUAACAAAGAGGAGAGCAAGAGCUUCGUCUCUGACUUCAUGUCGGAACUGUCUCCAGUCCGAGCCGAACUGCUGGGCUUCCUCACUCAUGCCCUUCUGGGAGACGGUUUGGCUGCUGAGUACCUUAUAUUACAUCUCAUCUCGACAGUAUACACAAGAAGAGAUGUUCUUCCACUAGGAAAAUUCACACUUAAUUUGAGUGGUUGCCCACGGAGUAGUACCUUCACAGAGCACUUAUAUCGGAUUAUUCAACAUCUUGUUCCAGCAGCCUUUCGUCUGCAGAUGACUAUAGAAAACAUGAACCAUUUGAAAUUCGUUCCCCACAAAGACUAUGCAGCCAAUCGCUUGGUCAGUGGGCUUCUCCAGCUCCCCAGCAGUACUUCUCUUGUGAUUGAUGAAACACUUCUGGAACAAGGGCAGCUGGACACACCAGGCGUUCACAAUGUGGCUGCCCUCAGCAACCUGAUCACUUGGCAGAAGGUGGACUAUGACUUCAGUUACCACCGGAUGGAGUUUCCCUGCAAUGUCAAUGUUCUCAUCACUUCCGAGGGGAGAUCACUCCUCCCGGCUGACUGCCAGCUCCACUUACAACCACAGAUCAUUCCACCCAACAUGGAGGAGUACAUGAACAGCCUCCUCUCCGCGGUGCUGCCCUCGGUGCUGAGUAAAUUCCGUAUUUACCUGACCCUCUUGCGAUUCCUGGAUUAUAGCAUAUCUGAUGAAAUAACGAAGGCAGUUGAAGAUGACUUUGUGGAAAUGCGCAAGAAUGAUCCUCAGAGCGUCACAGCUGAUGACCUCCACCAGUUACUGAUUGUCGCUCGGUUUCUGUCUCUUAGUGCUGGUCAGACAACGCUGUCGAGAGAACGAUGGCUGAGAGCAAAGCACCUUGAGUCUUUGAGAAGAACUCGCCUGCAACAGCAGAAAUGUGUCAAUGGGAAUGAGCUUUAAAGACACCUGUGCAAAGGGAUGUGCAAAUUAUAGCCACGUGAUUGUACAAGUCAGUUAUCAUUUAGACCAUGGUUUUGUAGAUAAAUUUGUAUUAAAAACCAAUGACUUUUCCUGAAAUCUAGCCUGGUAACAUCUGAAAUUUAUAUGAUGUUCAGUGAGCUCUUUUACCUUACUGAUUUUUGGAGCUUUUGAAGUUUGUUUUUUAAUUACAUAAAAUUUAGUAACAAUGUACAAAAAUGUAUUUGAUAUUAAAGUUUAAUACUGAUAA